CUGUCCUCAGAAAAGAUUUGGCUCUUGCUUAUCGCCUCUGUUCUGCUGAAGCUGUGUGCAUUUCAAAGCAUCAUAGGGGCGUUUGUUACACUGGGAACCGUUCAUCCCACUCUUCCUCACCGCCAGAGAGCGCUGAUCUCGCAACGUUAUUCACGAUGGCGAUCGGCUUCUUCAAAAAUUAUCGGGUCUACAUGCUAACCACAGUGGCCUACAUGGGCUCGCUGCUGUUCGGAUACGACACCGGUGUUAUGAGCUCUGUUCUCUCGUUGAAGAGCUUCAAAACAGACUUCGGAUUGCCUCUCGCCACCACGGGAUUCGCCAGCAAGACCAACGCCCACAUCUCCCAGAAUGUAGUUUCACUGCUCACAGCAGGUUGUUUCUUCGGCGCCAUAUUCGCCUCCGUUGCCAAUGACAAGCUGGGCCGCAAGCGGUCCCUCUUAGGAUUCACAGUUGUCUUCCUGGUCGGUGCUGUCAUCCAGGUCACAUCUCUUCAUCACAUCAGCCAGGUUUAUGUUGGCCGAUUCGUUGCUGGUCUUGGUAUAGGUGGAAUGUCCAGUAUUACACCCAUCUACGUGGCGGAGAACUGUCCACCCGAGGUUCGAGGCCGCAUCACGGGCCUCUUCCAGGAAUUCUUGGUUAUUGGUUCUACUUUUGCUUACUGGCUCAACUAUGGAGUGUCCCUUCAUCUCAAGCCAUCUACAUCGCAAUGGCGUAUUCCCGUUGGAAUCCAAAUCGUUCCCGGGGGCUUGCUCUUUCUUGGACUCAUUUUCCUGAAAGAAUCACCCAGGUGGCUUGUCAAGCAAGGCCGAUACGAAGAAGCCACAGCCUCACUAGCAUACAUGCGCCGCGAGCCGAUCGACGACCCAGAAGUCAUGAAAGAAAUUGCAGACAUCCGAGCCGCCGUCGAAGAAGAACUCAACUUGACCGAAGGCGUGACAUGGAAAGAGGUCUUGAUCCCAGGUAACCGAUACCGAUUCGCUGUUGCCUUCACCAUCUUUCUAUGCCAACAAUUCUCUGGAACGAACUCUAUCGGUUACUACGCACCGCAGAUCUUUCAAACGGUUGGCGUCUCCAAGACCAAUGCUUCGCUGUUUGCAACUGGUGUUUAUGGUACUGUCAAGGUCUGCGCUACUGGCCUCUUCUUGAUCAUUGGAAUCGACAAGCUUGGUCGACGGUGGUCGCUCCUUGGAGGCGCAGCGUGGAUGAUGGUCAUGAUGUUUAUCAUCGGCGGCGUCUUGAAAGAUCACCCACCGACCAACGUAAACACUGUCUCACCCGCCUCCAUCGCCAUGGUUGUUAUGAUCUAUCUCUACGUUAUCGGCUACUCGGCCUCCUGGGGCCCAAUUCCCUGGGUCUACGUCUCCGAGAUCUUCCCCACGCGUCUACGCUCCUAUGGUGUUGGCCUGGCAGCAGCAACCCAAUGGCUCUUCAACUUCGCCGUCACAUACAUGACCCCGAGCGCCAUCAACCACAUCGGCUGGAGAAUUUUCCUCAUGUUCGGCAUCUUCUGUGCUGCCAACUUCGUCUUUGUCUGGUUCUUUAUUAAGGAGACCAAGGGCCGCACGCUCGAGGAUAUGGAAAUCUUGUUCGGCACUGUGGAGGCGGACGUUCGUGCUGCUGAUGUGGAGCGUAUGUUGCAUAAGGGCGCGAUGCAGGAGGAUCGGAUUGAGAUGGCGGCCCCGGCAGAAAAGAAAGUGGCUCCCGCCCAAGAGACUCCAGUUCGUGAUGCUCCGGCUACUGAGGAGAAGACUGUGUCUUAGUCACGUUCAAAUGGUUGUCAUGGGAUAGAAGUCAAGCCUGGCUUGUCGACGAUAUCCUUUUCCGGCUGAAAACAUGAUUGUAGAUUGUCAAGUGUACACAGUGUCUUUAAUUAAUGCAAUUUACUUCUGAUCGUGU